AGUGCGUCACGUGGUUCUGCUCUUACAAAUAACUCGCAGUAAAGUAGAGAACAAAUCAGAGAACAGUUAUAUUAGGCAUUAUCUGGCCCAGCAGCUAUCUGCAGAUACACACAAGACGCAACGCCGAGCGGACAACUACAUUUUUGCGAGUAGCCUAAUACAGAAUUGUAGACGUUUGAAUUCUUACAGAUUGAGUUUGUUGGAAUAAAAUCAAGAAGAGAGAAGAGAGGAGGACCAUCAACGGCGAUAUUCACCCGACUGACUUGAAAAAGAAGAUCCAGACUUAUCACUAACCAUCCUUAUCUGGAGUGUAUUUCCUUUUGGCGGCCGCUGAUCAAAAAAAAAAAAACCAUUUGGAUUGGAGAUUGGACCUUACCGAGAUUUUUACUUCAAACCCUUGGCUUUUUCGUUAUUGGGUAAUUUAUUAUUUCCCUUUUUAAUCUAAAAGGAUAGCUUAGUCAUUGGAUACAAUAUGUAUUCGAGUUUGGCUUUAUCUUCCAACCCGUCCCCUUACGCACACGACUCCGGGAACUACAUCCAUCCGUCCGCCAGCUCACCUGUUUAUGUGCCCACAACCCGUGUACCUGCCAUGCUCCAGACCUUACCCUACCUACAGACGUGUGAGUCAAGCCAUCAAUCCCACGGCCUCGGCAAUCACCAUGCCUGGUCACAGACUGGCACGGAAAACGCCACUUUUAACCCGGGCAGCCCUCAUCCUCCUCCGGGUUUCUCCUAUUCACACAGCCCACCGGUAAGCAGCAGCACCGGUAGAGAUGGAACUUACCAGAACACGCUGAUGCUCAGUAAUGGCGGUCGGGCAGAUCAGUAUGGAAGUGCCCUGGUGCGAUCGGUUGGUGGCUCCUAUUCCAGCCCAUACGCGGCCUACAUGAGCCCAGAGAUGGCAACCUCAUGGACGCCAGGGCCCUUUGAUGGCGGCAUGAUCGGUCUUCAGGGACGCCAAGGAGCUCUACCUGGAAGAAGGUCCAGUUUAGACAUGCUGGAUGACCUGUCGUGUGAAGGUCGAGAGUGUGUUAACUGCGGCUCUAUAUCGACCCCGCUGUGGAGGAGAGACGGCACGGGCCAUUACCUGUGCAAUGCGUGCGGCCUUUACCACAAGAUGAACGGAAUCAAUCGACCUCUCAUCAAACCCCAAAAACGAUUGCAAAGCACAUCUCGGCGAGCGGGUCUGUGUUGCACUAACUGUCACACCAGUACCACUACGCUUUGGAGGAGAAACGCAGAGGGCGAGCCCGUCUGCAAUGCAUGCGGCCUGUACAUGAAGCUGCACGGGGUACCAAGGCCAUUAGCAAUGAAGAAAGAAAGCAUUCAGACCAGGAAACGCAAACCAAAGAUGCCCAAAACAAAACCAUCCUCAGGGUCAACGGUGUCCGGUUCUACGUCUCCCUCUUCAUUGCCAGUGUCAGAGAGCGCCUCUACAAUAAAACGUGAACCCAACAUCGCAGCUUCUCCAUAUGCUGGUCAAACUGUUGUCUCAGUCACACAGGCAUCGACACAGCUGGACAGCGCGAGCGCAGGGCAUGUGGACAUCAAAUACGAGGACUACACGUACACACCUACAUCAAUCGCUUCACAGAACUCCUGGUGUGCUCUGUCUCAAGCGUGAUGUCAUCGCAGACCUGCUUCCCUUCCGGAACCUCCCUAGUGCAUUCUGGGAAAAAGACUUUUGACAAGAUCUACCUAAUAGAGCUCAAUUAAAAACAUAUAGACAGACGAAGCUUGGGAAUGCAAGAGAUCGACUGUCCUUCAAGGCACAUCACAGCCAGUUCGUGUUGUUUUGUCAAAAACACGGCAGAGACUCAGCAAGCAGAUCUCGAGUUCCAUAAGCAACGUUUGGAAGGACAAAAACAUGGCUUUUAUGGCUUUUGAACAUGUUUCUUGGCUUAGAUGUUAAUGAUUAACUUUUAAGAUACAUUAUUUAUGUUAAGAUAAGAAUGGCAGAGGCACAAACGUGUCUCCCAUAAUCCUCCUUAUCCUUCAGGGAGUUUGUGUCUUUAUGGUCAUUAUGACUUUAAAUCAUAUACUUUCCCUGGAUGAGCUUUUAAAAGUUGCCUUGUUGUCUUUGCUGAUUCCAGACAAUGUUAAUGCUGUAUUGUAUUCAUGCAAUGAUCUGAAGUGCAAUGACCCUCAGCAAUGUACAAGGGAAACUUUUAUUUUAAUUGUUCAAAAUUUUGUGUUUUGUUUUGUCAGAAUAUGUUAACCUAAAUUUAUUUGCUGUAUUUUGUUGAUAUAUAUUGGAAUAUAUCGUUG